AUGGCUGAUACCAUAAUGACUGAUAACCAUUCGACUUAUCAGAAUAAUAAUAACGACAAUACAAACGUGACUGAUAAUAGUGACGAAAAAAUUGAUGGUACUGAAAAUGGAUUAGAAGAAACGACGCAAAAAUCUUAUGACAAAUUUCGAGAUACAGCAAGCCAUGUUUCUAAUGGUGUUAAACGACAAAAAAAUCGAUUUUGUUCAUCAUCAAUGAAUCAACUUGGUGGUGAAUUUAUUAAUGGUCGACCAUUACCAACUGAUACACGUGAACGAAUAGUUGCAUUAGCUGAAAAUGGUGUACGUCCAUGUGAAAUAAGUCGUCAACUUCAAGUAUCACAUGGUUGUGUUAGUAAAAUAUUAAAAAGAUAUCGUUUAUUUGGUACAACUCAUCCAGGUUUAAUUGGUGGCUCAAAACCAAAAGUUGCAACACCUGAUGUAGUUCGACGUAUACGUGAAUAUAAAGGAAAUAAUCCUCAAAUAUUUGCUUGGCAAAUUCGUGAAAGUCUUCAAAAAGAAGGCAUAUGUCCAGCAGAUAAAUUACCAAGUGUAUCAUCAAUAAAUCGAAUUGUUCGUAGUAAUCGACGAAUUGUUUUUAAUAAUGAUGGUAGUAUUACAGAACUUGAUUCAGAUUUUGAUUCACGUGACGGAAGUGAUAAUGAAAAUGAAAAUGUAAUUAAAUGUGAAACAAACCAUGUUUCAUCAUCAUCCUCAUCAUCUUCUGUUAGUUCAUCAUCACCUCGUUCAACUAAUAUUCGUCAUCGUGGUGAUUGUCGUUGUGAUGCUUGUAUAAAAAAAUAUAAAUUUGCACCAUCAUUACAUAAUUUAACUAAGACUUCUUCCAUUAAAUCAACAAUAUCAGAGAAUGAAGAUAAUCAAAUAAAUGAAAAUGAUUCGAACAGUAUAUCAAAUGAUGACACAAUUAAACAAACAACAAUAACAACAACAACAACAACAACAACACCUCCACCAGCUAAACAUUGUAAUUUAAAUAUUCCAUCAAUAGAUGAUGAUAUUAAACCAUUAGAUCUUUCUAUUUCAUCGACAACUCAAAUAUCAAAACAACAAAAUGAACAACCAUUAAAUUUAUCUUCAAAACGUAAACGACAUCAACCUGUUAGUUUAUUAGCAUCAAAACGAAAUAAUAGUUCAUCAACGAUAAUAACAAAACCAGCUACAACAACGACUACGGCUACUGCUGCUGCUGCCGCAGCUGCAGCUGCAACAGCAUCAUCUAUGUUUAUUCCAUUUUAUGCUAUUUCACCAUUUUUUGAUCCUACAACAACAAAUCAACAAGAAUUAUUUCAACAGUUUCAAACAUUUUAUUUACAAUUACAACAACAACAACAAAAAUUAACGAAUGAAACGACUAGAAAUAAUGAAUGA